CUUUUAGCUCACACACAUCAGCUCUCUCUCUCUCUAUCUCUUCUCCGUUCGCCGGAACUAUUUGCGUAGAGGGAGAGAGGAACAAAAUCAUCUCUUAUUUGCUCGACGAACCAAAAAAGCUUCUUUUAUUGCGUUGUUAUGGUAAUGUGGGUUUGACUAACUUCUCUGCUAACGUUCUACGCUCUAUGGAUUCUUCUCUCGAUGGAGCUGCUGGUGACUCAUCAAAAUGCAGUCAAAUGAGUGUUGAUGAGAAGAGACAACUUGUUUACGAACUCUCCAAGCAAUCACAUCUAGCUACUGAAGUGUUGCAGGCAUGGAGCCGCCAAGAGAUUCUUCAGAUCUUAUGUGCUGAAAUGGGAAAAGAGAGAAAGUACACUGGUUUGACCAAAGUCAAGAUCAUCGAAGCUCUUUUGAAAAUUGUAAACGAGAAAAACUCUGGAGAGUAUGAUGAGAAGGAGAAGAAGAAGAAGAGAGAUUCUGAUUGUUUGCCUGUUCAGAGAAACACAAAGAGGCAAAGAAAGGUCGAUGAACCUACUCGUUAUGUGAUGCCAACGAGCAACAAUGCCUCAGGAAGCUCCAACUCAGUUAAUACUAAAGGUGAGGAGAAUACUAUCUACUGCAACAACUUGGCUUGCCGUGCCAUAUUGAGACAGGGAGACUCGUUUUGCAGAAGGUGUUCUUGUUGCAUUUGUCUUAAGUAUGAUGAUAACAAAGAUCCUAGUCUCUGGUUAACAUGUAGCUCAGACCCUCCAUUUGUGAGUGAUUCUUGCGGAUUCUCUUGUCAUCUUGAAUGUGCUUUCAAGAGUGACAAAUCCGGUCUUGCAAAUGACAAACAAAGUGAGGGUGGUUGCUGCUUCUACUGUGUCUCUUGCGGUAAACCAAACAGCUUGCUUGAAUGUUGGAAGAAGCAGUUGACUAUUGCUAAAGAAACCAGAAGGGUGGACGUACUAUGCUACCGUCUUUUAUUAGUCCAGAAGCUUAUAAAGGGCUCUACUAAAUACCAAAAUCUCUGUGAGGUUGUUGAUGAAGCUGUGAAGAGUCUUGAAGCUGAUGUUGGUCCUCUCACUGGUCUUCCUAUGAAAAUGGGUAGAGGGAUUGUAAACAGACUACAAUCUGGACCUGAUGUGCAGAAACUUUGCACUUCUGCUCUUGAAUCUCUUGAAACUACAGCUCCUGAAGUUGCUGCAUUUCCUUCACCAGGCAGCUCCAAGAUGCAGCACGAUUGUUCUUAUGGAGUAUGCAAUGAGGUAUCUGCAGAGACAGCAACCACAGUAUCAACCAAGAUCAGAUUCGAGGAUGUUAACUCCACUUCACUCACAGUGAUUCUAGCAUCCAACCAAGUCACUACACCUGCAAACAUCGUUCAUUACAGUAUUUGGCAUCGUAAGGUCACAGAGAAAGAGUACCAGGAGAAGUCAACCUGCACAUUGUUUACCCCAAACGCAAGAUUUGUUGUCUCUGGAUUAGCUCCAGCGUCUGAGUAUUGCUUCAAAGUUGUGUCCUAUAGCGGAACACGAGAGCUUGGAAUCGAUGAGAUCAAUGUCUUGACGCGUAGCCCUGAAGAAGAAGAAAGAAGCGAAAGCCCUCUCACAAACUGCAGCACAUUGUCUUCUAACCCUUCUUCUGAUGAAGCUGAACGGGUUGUGUUGUUAGAUGAGGAGGAAGAAGAAGAAGCUGUUCCAGGCAAGAACGGAGAAGCUCUAGUCCCGGUUACUAAGACAAGGAACAGUUUAGAUGCGAGUUUACCAAUUACUCCCUUCAGGUCAGACCAAACCAAGAACCGUCAAGCUAGAAACGGGAAACCUGUUAAAGAAAACGGUAAUAACGGUGAUCAUCAUUCAGCUAACGGUGGUUCAGAGAGCGGUUUAGAGCAUUGUGUGAAGAUCAUGAGACAGCUUGAAUGUUCAGGACAUAUUGAGAAAGAUUUCAGACAGAAGUUUCUAACUUGGUAUGGCUUGAGAGCCACGUCACAAGAGAUUAGAGUUGUGAAGAUAUUCAUGGAUACGUUUACUGAUGAUCCUGUGGCUUUGGCUGAGCAGCUUGUUCAUAGUUUCAGCGACCGCGUUUCGAUUAAGCGUUCUGCUAUUGGUGGUGGUGCGUCUGCUGUUGUUCAGUCCGGAUUCUGCAUGAAGUUGUGGCAUUAAAGUUUAUCGGUUUUAUUAAAUGUCACAAAACUUUAUUUAUCAUUAUUGGAACAUUUCCAUGCAAGAAAAUUACUAUCGGUAUCGAAUUGUUUUUGUUAUUCUUGUCAAGAUUAUUAUUUUAGUGGAUUUUAAAAUCCUGUAGGCUGAAUCAUUAUUUCGUUGACUA